AUGGGCCGCGGUCUGAAGAACGCCGUCAUCAUCUCGCACCCAGGACCCCUCGGGAUAUCUGUGGCCCACGGCGAGUUCAAGCUGCUGCCCAAGCCCGGCGCGGAGGGCAUGUACGUGGUGGGCUACGAGGACAAGUCCUCCAACGGCAGCGGUUUGAGGGCGCCGGGGGCCGAGGAGAAGACGAAGUGCGAGAAGGGCAAGGUGACCGAGGUGCUGGACGGCGGGAGCGUGGUGGUGCCUUGGAAGGCCGGGGCCAAGGACAAGACGCCGCCCACCAGCGCGGUGGUGAGCUACGUGCGAUAA